GGAUCGGUGUGUGGACUCACGUUGUGCAAAUAUAUAUCUGCAUACAUUUUACUCAAAAUAUUUACAAACUAAAUAGAAAAAAAGUAACCGGAAAAUUCAAAAGGUUGGUCUCUGUCUGGCCAGUUCAUGUUGCUUUGCGCACAAUACUGCAGACGCCAAGUUACUCCACAGACGGUUGUCUUGCUCAGACUUUUUUUGUUCGUUUCUUAUCUUGAGAUAAGAAAACUUGAAUGCCAAAUCGUUGCCAUAAAUAGCGCACAGCAUCCAUUAAAUGAUUCUCAGUUAAGCCUUCGAUGCAACACGGAGUGGAAAUAGUUUACGCUUUUGUUCCCAGAAUUCGGAUUUAAUAGGAAAACCCUUGGCUAUUAGCACAUCAAUAUGUGUUUGCCGGAGGCGAUAACGGGCUCUGCCAUUCAGAGUGUAGCCACAGCUGUGGGUAGCAUUCUGUGCUUUAAUUUUGGACUUAUGUUUGGCAUCACCCCCGCACACAUGACCCUCUAUGAAUCGGAGGAUGAUACACCACUGAAUAAAGCCACAGAUCCGGCGGGCACAGCCUGGCUAACGGGUUAUCUCUUUCUGAGUGCUGCAAUUGGGGCUCUAGUUUCGGGUUGGUUGGCAUUCCGCAUAGGACCCAAGUCGGUGCUGCUAUGUACAGGACUUUUGCAGAUUGUGGGCUGGUUUUGCAUACACUUUGGCUAUGAUAUAGUCCACAUAUACGCCUCCCGCAUGUUUGCUGGUACCGCAUCGGGUGCCGCCUUUGUCGUCCUGCCCAUUUACAUUAAUGAAAUCGCCGAGAGUCGCGAAAAGGCAGCCAGUUUGACUUUCACCAUCGAAUUGUGGCGAACACUGGGCAUCCUUGCUGGCUUUAUCCUUGGUUUCUAUGUACCAUACGCUUAUGUCAAUAUGGUGGGCUGUGCCGUAUCCUUUGUAUUCUCGAUGACCUUUCCAUUCGUUCAGGAGAGUCCACAUUAUUUCUUGCGAAAAGGUAAUGUGCCCUGUCUGGAGAAGUCUUUGCGCUGGUUCCGCGGCAUUCGCGACAUUGAUGAUCGCGACAAUCCCGACUAUUUGGUCGAGUUGGCCGACUUUAAGGCAGAGCUCCAGAGAUCGGGUAAAAGUGGUAUUGGACCUACGCCCAUGUCAAAUGGUUAUAUAAUCCGUUUGACUUUUGUUAGCUUUUUGCUGACAGUUUGUGCCAAAUUGAGUGGAGUUUUUGUGGAACUCAACUACGCAGCCGACUUCCUUGGAAGAACAGGCUACUCCACAGAGGUCAAUUAUGUAUUACUUGCGGUUGCCCAGUGUGUGGGUGGUUUGUUGGCCCGUCUAAUUGGACCGCGUUUGCCGCGAAAACUUUUGCUUUGCGUUUCCUCUUUAAUGGCUGCCAUUUCGGUCAUUAUGUUGGCGUUGUUUAAACAAUUUGGCCAAUCAUGGAUGUUGGGUUCGUGGUCGGAGCAAUAUCUUCCCAUUAUUUUACUGGCCGUGCAAUUGGCCUUUGUCAGCUUUGGGCUAUAUCCAUUGGCUGCUGUGGUAAGCAGCGAGCUUUUGCCAACAAAGCUUCACGAUGUUCUUUACUCAUUGGCGUCUGCCGUUUCCUGGUUGCUGCUUUUUGGCAUGAUUGAGGCCUUCAAUGCCGUAAAAUCCACAAUAGCUCCUGGCCUGGUGCUGUAUCUAUGGGUGUUUGCCGCUGCCAGCAUCCUUGUGGGUCUUAUUUCGAUGCCUUUAUUGCCCGAGACACGGAAUCGACGUCCGUCGUCUGUGCAGCGCGAACUGGGCUAUGUUGACGAUGGAGGUGGUGUGGCCAAAAUAACAAGUGUUACCAAUGGACACAUCGCCUCUCAUAUUUAAGUUAAAACCCACAGUUAAUUGUUUGUGCCUUUGUGUAUGCAACAGUUUUACGUGCUUUUUCCUCACCUUCCCAGAGAGAUAUCACCACUUAUGUAUGUAUGUGGUUUGUGGCACUCUGUGAUGAAAUUGUGAGUCCCAGACAUUAUCAGAGUAUUUGUCUUAUUCGGAAACGUGUUAUAAUAUUUGUCUUAUUUG